AUGGACGCCGACAUAGCAGACAUCCUCGCCUCCGUCUCCGCGCCCUCCAUCCCCCCACGCGCUCUCGACCUCCAAGCCCUCACACGCGCAUGGAUCAACGAACGCAGCAGUCCCGAACUGCUCCCUUACCCCACCGACCUGAUUCAGCGAUGCACAGAUGGUGUGAAGAGGCAGCUUGAUGUGAUUGAGGAGAAGACGGGCGCGAUGGACCCUGCGAGUAAUUUUACGCUCGUGAUACUGCAGACGGAGCUGGAACGGCAUAAGUUUCUGAUACGGAGUUAUUUGAGGGCGAGGAUUGCGAAGAUUGAUAAAUAUCCGCUGCAUUAUCACCAACUCGCAAUCACCGCCGACCCCGACACCCCGAUCCUCUCAACGCUCGAAACGCAAUACCUCACGGCGCACCAAGCCCUCCUCUCCUCCCACUACAACAGCUCCUUCCUCUCCCUCUUUCCCACAAACCUCCAGAAACUUGACGAUACAGGCGGCGGCAUCAGCAUGAUCGACAGACCCGACGAAGACACUGCAGUCUUCUGCCGAGUGCUGCGGGACAGCUACGUCGAAAGAGUCGUGGACGAAGACAUUGAGCUGAAGAGAGGAGACAUUUGGGUCUUGCGGUGGAGUCAAGUGAAAGAACUGGUGAGGGAGGGGGAUGUUGAGUUGAUAUGA